UUAUUCUCUCUGGUUGUUCUGGUUUUCCCUUUGAUGUGCUUUAGAGCUACCCACUGUCCCUAUAACAGAAUAGAUGCUCUUCCUUGUCUUUGCAUUGCUAGCUAAGAGUUAGCUUUGUUUGUUUUUUCUAUGAUUGUUCUUUUUCCCCUGCAUUGAUAUUCUUUGAUCUCCAUUGAUGAUUCUUUGCUCGAAAGGGUAGCUGCUUUUUACUUUGGGGCUUCCAUUUUCCCUAGUCACUUUCUGAAGUCUCUCGAGUUCCUUUCUUGGGUGCCCUUUCACUUUCUUAGAAUUUUUUUAUUGGUUUUCUCAAAGAGGUUUCAGACAGUGUGUAAUUGGAAAGACGUGUGUGUAGAUGUAGAUUGAUAGGAUCUAUUAACUUUCUUUAUCGCCUCUCUUUCCCACGGUUAUAAAUAGUGGGUUUGCAAUGUUGAUUUUUCUCAUUGCAGGAGUUCAGCAGCAUAAGCAAACAUUCACCAAAACUGUUGCUCAUUCUAGUUAGAGUACAAUGAACUACAAUAACUCUGGCAUUGGUUCUGGCAGUAGAACUUCUUCAAGAACAUUUGAGUUUGGAAGGACCUAUGUUGUUAGGCCCAAGGGAAAGCACCAGGCCACAAUAGUUUGGCUGCAUGGCUUGGGUGACAAGGGAUCAAGUUGGGCGCAACUCCUGGAGACCCUUCCUCUUACAAAUAUUAAAUGGAUUUGCCCGACUGCUCCGUCCAGGCCAGUUGCUUUGUUCGGUGGAUUUCCAUGCACUGCUUGGUUUGAUGUUGGAGAAAUCUCUGAAGAAGGUCCUGAUGACCUGGAGGGACUGGAUGCUUCAGCAGCACAUGUAGCCAACCUUUUAUCUACAGAGCCUGCUGAUAUCCAAGUUGGUGUUGGUGGCUUCAGCAUGGGUGCUGCAACUGCCCUUUACUCUGCUACUUGCCGCACAUUAGGACAGUACGGGAACGGGAACCCAUACCAGGUCAAUCUAAGUGCAGUAGUUGGUCUAAGUGGCUGGCUUCCUUGUUCGAGGACCUUGAGAAGUAGGAUGGAAAGAUCAUAUGAUGCAGUGAGGCGGGCUGCAUCUUUGCCCAUUUUGCUUUGCCAUGGCUCAGCCGAUGAUGUGGUUGCACACAACCACGGAGAGAAAUCAGCACAGGCCUUAAACUCAGUCGGGUUCCGGAAUCUCGUGUUCAGAACAUACAAUGGAAUGGGUCACUAUACCAUCCCGGAAGAGACGAGGGAAGUCUGCACUUGGCUCACCACAAAAUUGGGGCUGGAGGGUUCUUAAGAACAGUAAUGCUACUGAGGAUGGUGAUAAUCUUUGCUGGGAGAGAAGUAUAUGGGGGAACCUAGAGAGAGAGAGAGAGGGGGUUAGGAAAAAGAAGGGGUUUUUCUAGGACUAGAUGGUUUGGUGUGGAGGGAUAGGAGUAUCAAGGUAUAGCUUAUGAUAAAUGGGGGGUUCAAUUGGUUGAUUCAUGUGAGUUCUCCAAAAUAAAAAUGUGUUCUUGUUUUGCUUUUCUUCACUGCUUUAUAUUUUGGGGUUUAACCUUUUGUAUUUUCCAUAACUAUUUUGUGGGUUUUGAGUUUUGAGGGUAAUGGGUUUUACUGCUGGUGUUCUAAAUGGGGAUCAUAAGGAUAGGUUACUUGAGGUGGGGGAUACUUUGAAGUUUUGGGAGGGGGGUUUACUGGUUAGAGAGAGGGAAGUGUUAAAUGAUCUAGUUGAUGAUGUAUCUUUCAUUUUUGUUGUUGUAUCUCCAUAAACUAUGUAACUUCCAGACCAUAUAAAAUAAAUGCAAUCUCUCAGUGUGGUACCUCAAUGUGUG